AUGGGCGACGCUUCUCAACGCCGGGCGUGGGAGGGAAGAAACAGCGAGCGAGGCCGAUGGCAGUACCUGAUCGGUUACCACUUACCAGACGUGUUUUGGGCGGUGAAUCCCGGCCUUGUUGACAUCUACCCUGAUCCGGUUAGCCCUCAAAGUCACGGGGCGUCGGCCCGUAAACUGUGCGUUUCGAUGAAGUCAUCCGUAUUUUUUCCCUCAGUCUUCUGUCGUGCUCUUCAAUCGCCCUCCUUUUUGAACUCCGAACUCCCUCACAGCACCAUGAAUCCCAUGUCCGAAGAGGACCUCGCGUGGUUCAAAUCCACCUUCCGCCCGAUCCCCAAACCCGAACUCCCCGACGACAGCAUCGAGUAUGCGCUGUACUACAUCCCCUCGGACCCCGCCCCCGCCGUCGUCGAUGAAGUCGCCGACACCAGAGCCCGAUUAGUGGAUGUGCAGCGCACAGCGGCAGAAUUGAGCAAGAACCUUCUUAAGGACUACAUCUGGCAGCGCGAUGGGUUUCGCCUGGAGAUCUCGAAAGACGAUGGUCUUACCUCGUUGCGCGGGCGCACCAACUUCGGAGACUCGAUUGAAGACGAAUGGGUCAUUGUGUAUAUGCUACGGGAAUUGACAAAAAAGCACAAGGACAUCUGGGCCUCCGUUGUGGAUAGCGAUGGCCAAUUUCUGCUGGUCGAGGCCGCGGCUACUCUACCUGCUUGGUUGGAACCUGAUAUAGCAGACAAUCGAGUCUGGAUUCACCAGGGACAACUUGUCAUCAUCAAACCGAAACACGCGAAAAAAGGCACGGUCACCGAGAAAAUAUCCCUUCCCGAAUCCAUGAAGAUUAUAAAACAAGAACCCGCGCGCCUCAUGCGGUCCACCAUGAUCCAAGAAGAAGCAUUCUACCGUUUGCGAAACUAUCCUAAGCAGAUCAGCGAGAACCUCCAUUCGGCUCUAGUGACGAUUCCGCGAAAAGUCGCCUACCUAUUACACCAGAAGCCUGCCUACAUCUCGGCAGCAGUAGAAUCCUUCUACCUUCGGGAUCCGAUCGCUUUACGUCCGUUACGAACCAAGGAUGCUAGCAGCUUCGUGUUUCCGCCCGAAGAUCUAGUCACUGUCAGCGUACGAUUCACAAGAGUUGGUUAUGCGCAGCUCAAGAGCCAGGAUUUUCCGGCUCCCAAGUCAUGGAUUCCCAAAUUACCUACCAAGGACGAACAACCAGCCUAUGACCGUGCAGAGAUUGGCAUGAAACUCUCCUGCGGGUUUGAAAUGCUUCUGACCGACCCACAAAACCAAGACAAGCCACAUGUGAGAGAGAUUAAGCUCGUAUUGGAGGAUUUGGAGACAGGAGAUGAUAACUUGCCGACGGAUGAGGAGAUCAACAAAUGGGAAAAGCGUGAAGAUGAUGAGAAAUGGCUGGAUAUCAGCUUUGAGGACCUUGAUAGGGAACUGAAAGGUAAAGAGAAAGGUGGCGCGAACAACGAUGAAGGCGGCUUUGGCGAUGCAAGUGCCCAAGAAAACCUCCAACGUAUCGUGGCGCGCUUCGAAGAAUUCCUCAAUGAUGACUCGGCUGGAUUUGAAGGCGCUGAUUUCGUUGAUGAUUACGGCUCCGACUCGGAUAAUGGCGGCGAUAAUGACGACGAAAUGAGCAGCGAGGGUGAGGACAAGGAAGCCUCUUUUGACGAGGAGGAGUUCUCCAGGAUGAUGAAGGAAAUGAUGGGUCUGCCAUCUCUGCCUGGCCUACCAGGACCCUCUAAGUCCUCAAAGCCCUCAACGUCGCGAAACAGAGUGCAAGAGCUAGGCGACGACUUAGAAGACGACACUGAACAAAUUAAGCAACUGUCCAAGGAAAUGGAAGCUGAAUUGAAAGGCACGGGGGUUUUGAACCUGAAUCGCCCCUCAGGCAAACAAGCCGUGUCGGAUGAGACAUCAAAUGGUGCGCAGGCUGAGAGCAGCGGAAACAACGAGGAUAACGAGGUGGAUGAAGAUAUUGAUAUCAAUCUUGCCAAAAACAUACUGGAAAGCCUUCAUGGUCAAGCCGGCAGUGCGGGGCCGGCGGGUAACAUGAUCUCGAUGCUGAACUUGCAAAUGCCUAAAGAUGAUCGCCACCGCUGA